AUGGAUGAAGAAACGGUUUGUAUGACGCAAUCAACAAAUCAUAUCUCUUACUUCAAACAAUUUCUAGAGAACUUAAGACCAUAUAUCCGUCACAUAAAAGAUGUACGAGCAGAUGACAAUUAUGGUUUCAGGGUAAUAGCUGGAUUGAUUGGUUUAGGUGAAGAUGAUUGGCAACAAGUUAAGCGCAACUUGUUGACUGAGUUGCAUUCGAAUGUAGUGCACUGCAUGCAACUAUUUGAUUCACAAGAAAGGGUUGAUGAACUUAACUCUAUCUUAUCCUACUUCAAACCUAGCCCUAGAUUUAAUCAUUUGAUGACUAUGCCCGACAUGGGUCAUUUGAUAGCAUCAUAUUAUCGAGUCGUUCUUUACCAUUUAUCCAUGCAGCAAUUGUUGACCUUUUUACCACUUAGAUCAGUAUCGAUUGCAACACUUGAUCGAAGAAAUAUCUACAUAGGAUUUGUUUAUCUGCAACCAGGUCACCCAAUACCUUCGAUAGCAAAUAAUUGGAUUCGUUUUCAUCACCCGUGUGCUAGUGGAUAG